AUGGCCCCCCUCCACCUCCUCCUCCGCCUCCUCGCCGUCACCGCCGUCGCCCUAGCCGAGGACCCCUACAUCUUCGACACGUGGAACGUCAACUACGCCUCCCUCUCCCCCCUCGGCGCCCCCCAACAGGUCAUCACCAUCAACGGCAAGUUCCCCGGCCCCCGCAUUAAUUGCACCUCCAACAACAACAUCGUCAUCAACGUCUUCAACAACCUCGACGAGCCCCUCCUCUUCACCUGGAACGGCAUCCAACAACGUAAGAACUCCUGGCAGGAAGGCCUCCCCGGCACCACCUGCCCCAUCCCCCCCGGCACCAACUACACCUACAAAUUCCAGGUCAAGGACCAGAUCGGCUCCUACUUCUACUACCCCACCACCGCCCUCCACCGCGCCGCCGGCGGCUACGGCCCCCUCGACGUCCACAGCCGCGCCCUCAUCCCCGUCCCCUUCGACUGGCCGGAGGCCGAGUACAAUGUCCUCGCCGGCGACUGGUACCCUAAAGGACACGUGUCACUUAAGAAGCUUCUAGACACCGGCCGGAGCCUCGGCCGGCCGGAAGGUGUCGUCAUCAACGGGAAGGGCGGCGGCGGCAAUGGCAGCAACGAGCCGAUGUUCUUUAUGGCCUCCGGGAAGACCUACCGUUACCGUUUCUGUAACGUCGGGAUGAAGAACUCCAUUAAUGUCAGAAUCCAAGGUCACACGAUGAAGCUCGUGGAACUCGAGGGAUCUCAUACUGUUCAGAAUGUCUACGAUUCGCUCGACAUUCAUUUAGGACAGUGCUAUUCUGUUCUUGUAACGGCUAAUCAGACCCCCAAGGAUUACUUCCUCGUCGCGUCGACGAGGUUCACGAAGGAGCCGUUGAGCACCACCGCGAUUAUCCGUUACAACGGGAGUAACAUUCCGGCGGCGGCGGAGAUCCCUAAGCCGCCGGAGGGGUGGCUCUGGUCGCUCAGCCAGUUCCGGUCGUUCAGAUGGAAUUUGACGGCGAGCGCCGCUAGACCUAAUCCGCAGGGCUCUUACCACUACGGGAAAAUCAAUAUUACAAGGACGAUUAGGAUCGUGAACUCCGCCAGCACCGUUGAUGGGAAGCUUAGGUACGCCAUUAAUGGCGUCUCCCAUACCAAUCCCGACACGCCGCUGAAACUGGCGGAGUAUUUCGGCGUCGCCGACAAGUUGUUUAAAUACGACACGAUUAAGGAUGAGCCGACGCCGGAAUCUGAGAACGUCAUCACCCUCGCCCCCAAUGUCAUGAACGCUACAUUCAGGAAUUUCGUCGAAAUUAUCUUCGAGAAUCACGAGAAGAGCAUCCAGUCAUGGCAUCUUUCCGGCUACUCCUUCUUCCCCGUCGCGAUCGAGCCGGGGAGGUGGGCGCCGGAGAAGAGGAAGAACUACAACCUAAUCGACGCGGUGAGCCGACACACGAUCCAGGUGUACCCCGGGUGCUGGGCAGCCAUUAUGACAACCUUGGACAACGCCGGAAUGUGGAAUCUGAGGUCGAUGACGCUGGAGAGGCAGUACUUAGGACAGCAGCUUUACAUCAGCGUGCUGUCGCCGGAAAAGUCUCUGCGUGACGAGUACGCGCUGCCGCCGGGACAGCUGCUCUGCGGAAUCGUCAAGAACAUGCCCAUCCCCGCCGACGUCUACCACUGA